AUGCAAAAAGGAAAAGAAAACAAGGCGAGAGAUAAUCAACAGAGCCAUAUUUCACUUGAGAAGGAAACCGAUAGUGAAAAACCGUUUAAAUGUGAACACGAGGGAUGUGAUCGUCGCUUUGCUAAUUCAUCAGAUAGAAAGAAACAUUCACACGUUCAUACAUCAGAUAAACCGUACAAUUGUCGAGUGCCAGGUUGCGAUAAAUCGUACACACAUCCAUCAUCGUUGAGGAAGCAUAUGAAGGUCCAUGGAAGCUUAGCUGACGAAAAGUCGCCGAGUCAUCAAUACGAAAGUGAAGGCGAAGAGUCGAGCUCGUCGAGUGUCGUCACAGGUGGAACGCAAACACCGCCAUCACGACUUCAACAUGAUUUGAAAUUCAACAACAAUAAUAACAACAAUGAAAACACAACAAAUAACAAUAACAGCAGCAAAUCACCAUUGACAUCAAAUCGUUUCAACGACUCAUCGACAGGUCAAACUCACCUAUCAACAUCGUCAUACCACCACUCACAUCAUUUGACACAUCCACACGCGUUAUCGCAUGCAAAUUCACAUCACUUACACUCACAUCACACUCAUCAUCAACAAACAAAUCAGUUGAUUCCACCGCAACCGUCAACAACACCCAACUCUUCAUCUUCUGCACCAUCUCCUGCCCUAAACACAAAUUCUCCUUCAUCACAAACUGCAACUGCAUCGAUGCUUGUCGGUCAUCAUCACAAUCAUCAUUUAUUGUAUCACCCUCAACAUCAUCCAAAUGACUGGUAUCAUCCAACAACUCCAACAGGUCAUGAGACAAUGAAUCAUCAUUUGAAUCAUUUUAGUCACCAUUUGGUUCAUCAUGGUCCAACAACAGCUUAUUGA